UACAUUUUUUUGUGUUGCAACAAAUCCAAACUGUAUCCAACCUAAACCAAAGCCGAUCUUACCGGCAACCGGCGUGUGUUCUGUGGUGCGAUCGUGUCCUGUGUACCUGUGUUACAGUGUACCUGUGUCGCAAUAAUAAUUCUGCGUGAACACGAUAACCCGUAUGGAUUCGGUGACUGGAGAUGUUCCCACUAAACAGGAGAAAAAGGCGCAGCUUGACGACCUGAUUGAAAAGAAAAAGAGCGAGUACUUGCGCCUCCUUCAAGAUGCGAAGAAAAGCCAGGAGCCCGAUUCAGGAAGUGCUGAAAACCUAAACCGCAGAAAGUACGAGCUUGCGCUGGCAUACAACGAGCGCGGCCAGAUGCUCUACAGGAUGAUAGAAUUCGACAAAGCCGUGGAGGAUUACACUGAAGCCAUAUGUUACUGUGAUUCUCUGGCGGCGGCAUAUUUCAAUCGUGGGACCGUUAGGUACAGAAUGGGUUAUUUCGAUGUAGCUUUGCCCGACAUGGAAAAGGCUGUUUCACUGGAUCCGGCCAACAAGGAGUUCCAGCUCGGGCUAAAAGAGACCAAAGAGCAGCUUUGAAGCUUUGUUGUAGCAAAAACACGAGUACCCGCCCAAUGACGUGCACCACAAUGUGUAUGUGACAGCUGAAGACUAGUCAUGAAUGCUCUGGGCAACGAAACAAGCAGAGGGACCAACGAACAUUGGAACAGUUGGACUUGAGAGUGACAUAUUUUUGUUUAUUUUUCUCAGAGGUAAAAUUUAUAACAUAAUUGCGUGUUUUGUGUCACCACAUAAAACGCAAACUGUGUUGUGACGCUAGAACGCCGACUGCUUGAGUAAUUUCCACUCUUAGCAUGGACUGGAAAGUGUGCAACCAAUAAGAAGCUUGCAUAAUACACCAUGGAUGUGUGCACUUUGGCUUGAAUUCAUGUUACGUAUCAGCCACUGUACCUUGUUAAGCUUUAAUAAAAAAAUGAAGGUGUUGUAAUUGCGCAAUAACAGGAUGCGAAGAACCCUGUGAAUGUAGCCGUACAACACUUCUAAUGGCAAUGCAAGAGUAUUUUCAUUGAUCAUAGAAGUGUGUGAAGUUAGCUCCAGAAUAGUAAGUUCUUAUACAGAAAAAGUGUAAAAGUGAGAGGCGAGCUCUUGGGUUUGCUUCUGUCUUCAGCAAGCUUACAGUGGGGCUAUAUUAUUUAUCACCGUGACAUGUUCAAUUUUUGCUCUGAACAGAUGAUAAACUGUUUUACAUAAACAGA